ACCUGUAAUGUCUUUAUAUGCAGUCAGAUGUGAGCAACUACUCAUUUGUGACUAGAUCUGAGGCAGAAAAACCAUGUGUUUGAACACAGGUCAUCCCUGCUGCUGUCUGACCGAGGGCAAUCCCUGUGAACCAUGUAGGAUGACGGCCAAGGAGACGGAGUCAGAAGGUGUCCCCAUACCCAGUAACAUCAGCUCAGCAAUCAACACCUUUGAGCACGACCCACCUAUCGCUUCCAUAACGGAGGGGAAGGAGAGGCGUCGGAACUGGGGAUGGGUGGUGUCCGGGAUCAUCUGUGUGAACGUCUUGAUGCUGGGCUGUGCCUUGUCCAGUGGCAUGGCUGAUGACAACAUCAAAAUCAAAACUUCAGACUUACAAAUUUACCUCAUCAUUCUUCUCCUCCUCACCACCAUCUGGAUGAUUUAUUACUCCAUCUUCACGCUGAGGAACGAUAACGCCGUUGUCUAUCAGGAUGCUCAUGCCGGACCAGUUUGGCUCAGGGGUGCAAUGGUUCUGUUUGGACUGUUGAGUAUUAUCAUGGAUAUUUUCAAGAUAGCCAGCUAUGUGGGCUACCUUCACUGUGACUCUGGUGUUAAGGUUGCAUUCCCUGUGGUCCAACUUGUCUUCUUAGUUGUACAGACCUACUUUUUCUGGAUCCAUUCAAAAGACUGUAUGCAGAUUCAAAAGAAUAUCACACGCUGCGGCUUGAUGCUCACCCUCUCCACAAACUUAGUUGUGUGGAUGACAGCAGUCACCGAGGAGUCAGUUCACCAGACAAUUAUUCCAGAUGACAAAAGCAAUUACACUAAACUCACCGGACGGAAUUUGUACAUCCAAAAAGCUGGUUAUGGAGACAGUAAAUGCAAGUGCAGCCAUUCAUCCUGCAGCAUCUUUAAGGAGGCCUAUUACUACCUCUAUCCCUUCAAUAUUGAGUACAGUCUCUUUGCCUCAGCAAUGGCCUAUGUCAUGUGGAAGAAUGUUGGUCGUGUAGCGGACGAUCACGCCCAUCACGACCUCAAAUUUAGGGUGAGGGACUCGUUCAUCGGUCCUGUACUUGGGGUUCUCUUGGCAAUCGCAGGCCUGGCAACGUUUAUAGUGUAUGAGAUGACCAUCAUAAAGGGUGAGGAGGAAAAGACAGACCAUGUCGUGAUGAUGCAUUUCAUCAUGAACAUAGUCAUAGUAACCACCAUGUCAAUUGCCUGUAUGAUUGGAAGCGCAGUGUAUAGGUUAGACCAGAGAGACCUUAAUUCUGACAAGAACCCCACACGUAGCUUAGAUGUUGGGCUGCUGGUUGGAGCGUCACUGGGGCAGAUCGUCAUCAACUAUUUCACAAUUGUAGCCAUGAUUGCAACUAAAGUCAAAGGCACCUUAAACAAGUUAAAUCUGGCUUGGGCUUUCCUGAUGGUCAUCGAACUGGGCCUGCAGAACUUCUUCAUAAUUGAAGGUUUGCAUCGAGAGCCCUUCCACGAGGCACCGCCUGUCACUGUGCUGUCAAAUCCAUAUGUGCUGCAGCUGGGCAAAGAGCUGAGUAUCAGCAGCCUUGAUGACUCAGACAUGGAGAAAAAGCCUUCUCCAGAACUCACAGAGAGCAGCCUGCACAGCCACACAGAUGGGCACCAGUCCGGUCUUUCAUGGAAGAGGCGAGUGUUGAAAGACGUUUGCGCCUUUCUGGUGAUGGGCAACAUUAUACUUUGGAUCAUGCCGGCCUUUGGGGCUCGGCCUCAGUUUGACCACGACACUGAAUCUGAAUUUUACAACUUCAAAACAUGGGCUGCUGUUGUUAAUGUGGGACUUCCCUUUGGAAUCUUCUAUCGCAUGCAUUCAGUCGCCAGUCUGUUUGAAGUGUUUAUGAUGUCAUAGCAUUGAUGUUUUCAAAACGUGACUAUUUUGUAUAAAUUGUACAUUGUUUUCAUUGUACUUUUUUUGGUAUCCUUUCAAAUGAAGUCAAUUAAGCUAUUUGUCCUCACACUGACUGUCAACACUCACCACCUGCUGCUGUUACUGUUCCUUUGUAU